AGCUGCAGAGUAAGAGACAGAAACAGCAAACUAGCCAUGGAGGUAGCCGUGGAGCUAGCCUUGGAGCUAGCCAUGGAGGUAGCCGUGGAGCUAGCCUUGGAGCUAGCAUUGAAGCUAGCCUUGGAGCUAGCCAUGGAGGUAGCCAUGGAGCUGGCCUUGGAGCUAGCCGUGGACCUAGCCUUGGAGCUAGCCAUGGAGGUAGCCGUGGAGCUGGCCUUGGAGCUAGCCAUGGAGCUAGCCUUGGAGCUAGCCGUGGACCUAACCUUGGAGCUAGCCAUGGAGGUAGCCGUGGAGCUAGCCUUGGAGCUAGCCUUGGAGCUAGCCGUGGACCUAACCUUGGAGCUAGCCAUGGAGGUAGCCGUGGAGCUAGCCUUGGAGCUAGCCAUGGAGCUAGCCUUGGAGCUAGCCUUGGAGCUAGCCAUGGAGCUAGCCAUGGAGCUGGCCUUGGAGCUAGCCGUGGACCUAGCCUUGGAGCUAGCCUUGGAGCUAGCCUUGGAGCUAGCCAUGGAGCUAGCCUUGGAGCUAGCCGUGGACCUAGCCUUGGAGCUAGCCAUGGAGGUAGCCGUGGAGCUGGCCUUGGAGCUAGCCAUGGAGCUAGCCUUGGAGCUAGCCGUGGACCUAACCUUGGAGCUAGCCAUGGAGGUAGCCGUGGAGCUAGCCUUGGAGCUAGCCGUGGACCUAACCUUGGAGCUAGCCAUGGAGCUAGCCUUGGAGCUAGCCAUGGAGCUAGCCUUGGAGCUAGCCGUGGAGCUAGCCUUGGAGCUAGCCGUGGAGCUAGCCUUGGAGCUAGCCGUGGAGCUAGCCUUACAGCAAAGUGCAGCUAUAUAUUUAUAGUUUUCUCCUCUUACACAGCCAUCACUUAUUAAUAAUGGUGAAAUAAACAUUAAGCCUAAAACCAAACUACUGCAACAUCAGGCUACUGAAUGUUCUGCUCUUUGUGUGGGAAAUAUCUGAGUGGUUUUUUUGUUGUUUUAUUUUCUGUGAUGUUGUCAGUUGCUAUGGCAACGAGUCUGCGCUGCGCUGAUACAGAGAGCGAGAAAGACGUGGUUUUGAGUUGCGCCUGAACGAUCAG